UUAGGUUACCUACCUAUUUUUGACAAGUGAAUUCAUUUGCGAUGCAAUAAAAACAAACUGUUGAUACUCAUAAACUCACAAUAAUACUACCUCAUUAAAUUUUUAAAGAAUUCUCCAUGAUGUCUAAUGAGGAACCCACUGAUCUGGAUUGGGUGCAACUCCGAAAAGAGAUGGGAGCGCACCAGCAAGUUGAAACAACAAGUGAAAAAUUCGGAAGAAAAUUUUCUGAGAAUCCUUUCGUUCCCAUCGGAUGUUUUGCCACAGCAGGUGCUCUGUCUUAUGGACUUUGGAGCUUCAGGACAGGACGCAAAAAGAUGUCUCAACAAAUGAUGCGGCUCAGAAUAGUUGCACAAGGAUUCACUAUCACUGCUUUAGUUGUUGGUGUUAUGAUGACAACUGGGAAAAGUCUAACAAAGUAGUUCUGCUAUUUAUUGGAUAUUUUUGUUCUAAUAACUUUCAAUAAGACAUCAUGGAUAUUAUAGUAGUAUUUUUAUUAAAAAGAUAAAUCCCA